GACCAGGGAGUGACCACACACGAAAUACAUGAAUCAGGCUGCUGACUAUGUUGAGCUCUAUAUGAGACCAAGAGUGAUGCUGGAGCUUAAACAGGAUUCGUAUUUUUGAUCUAUUUUUGCUGGUUUGCCAUAGCGGGAUAGAAGGGAGAAACUGGAAGAGUGGCCAGACUGCAAUUAAGAUACUUAGUAGUAUUUUCAACCAGAUAUUCACUAUUGUGCAUCAAUGCUGAUAUGCUGAGGUGGAGGAAAAGUGCCUGAAUACUGUCAUAGCAGUACCGAUAUAGAAUUAUGCAAAUUUGGCUGAGUGUGCUAAGUAUUUAAUCAGACUGCCCAUGUUGUAGUAAUAAUUAACUUGAGGGAAAGCUACAAGAAUGGUGAUUGAAGAUUCAAGGAAAUAGUGACCAAUCUCAUGAUAAUUUAAACUCGUGUCAUGUAUAAGAUCACGUUAAAGGUGGUGUCACAUGUGCAUUCACUCCAAACAAGCACAUGAAUAUAGAAGGUGAACUUUGUGACAAGGCAUAUCACACCGCUGUGAAUGAAUUCCUAGGAUUAUCAGUCUGCAGCAUGUGUCCCUCACAGUAUUUGUGAUGUCACAGUCAGGAUAUUUUCACAAGAGAAUUACGCACCUAGCCAUGCAAGCAUCUACAAAGUGUUGUUCACCCUCUAUGUGACCUAGUCAGAGUACUGAGGAACUGUGCCUUAAGGAUUUUAUAGUUUUUAAUCCAGAUCCAUCAACAUAUCGAGGUAUUUUAUUGUGCACCAUGGGAUCAUUUAGUAGAGGAGAACAAGUGAAGAUCCUAAGUUACAACAAAGGGCGAGAAUGGUGUGAAGUCCAGAACAAAGCCAAUGCCUUGGGCUGGGUGCCCAGCAAUUACAUCGCCCCUGUCAACAGUUUAGACAAAUUUUCCUGGUACCAUGGCCCUAUAUCCAGGAACGCAGCAGAGUAUCUACUUAGUAGCGGGAUCAACGGGAGUUUCCUUGUGCGCGAGAGUGAAAGUAGUCCGGGCCAGAGGUCCAUAUCUCUACGUUAUGAAGGAAGGGUGUAUCAUUAUAGGAUUAGUGAAGACAGCGAUUCUAAGGUGUAUGUCACCCAAGAGCACCGCUUUAACACGCUAGCGGAACUGGUGCAUCACCACUCUAUGCACUCUGACGGUCUGAUCACCACCCUGUUGUACCCAGCCGCUAAGAGAGACAAACCUACAGUAUUCGGCCUGAGCCCAGAGCCUGACAGGUGGGAGAUAGAGAGAACUGAGAUACAGAUGAAACACAGACUAGGUGGAGGCCAGUAUGGGGAUGUAUAUGAAGGUGUGUGGAAGAAAUACGGCAAAAUUGUUGCUGUCAAAACAUUGAAGGAGGACACCAUGGCACUGAAGGAUUUCUUGGAAGAAGCAGCCAUUAUGAAAGAAAUGAAACAUGAAAAUCUUGUCCAGCUCUUAGGAGUGUGUACCAGAGAACCCCCAUUUUAUAUCGUCACGGAGUUCAUGCCCAAUGGAAAUCUGCUGGACUUUCUGCGGAACUCCUCUCAGGAGAGCCUGGGACCCACAGUAUUACUCUACAUGGCAACGCAGAUAGCUUCAGGGAUGGCUUACCUGGAGGACAAACCUUUUAUUCACAGAGAUCUUGCUGCCAGGAACUGUCUUGUUGGUGAAAACCAUUUGGUGAAGGUGGCAGACUUUGGACUGGCUCGCCUGAUGAAGGAUGACACCUACCAGGCCCAUGCUGGAGCCAAAUUCCCCAUCAAGUGGACUGCCCCAGAAGGACUAGCUUAUAAUACAUUCUCCACUAAGUCUGAUGUUUGGGCCUUUGGGGUUUUGCUUUGGGAACUGGCAACGUAUGGCAUGUCGCCAUAUCCUGGAGUGGAUCUCUCAGAAGUUUACCACCUUUUAGAGCGUGGUUACCGCAUGGAGAGACCACAAGGAUGUCCGGAGAAUAUUUACUUACUGAUGAGGAAAUGCUGGCAGUGGGAGGCAAGUGAGCGUCCAACAUUCCGUGAAAUAAAAGAAGACCUUGACAACAUGUUCCAGAAUUCCAGCAUAGGAGAGGAGGUGGAAAAAGAGCUAGAGCUUGAGAAGAGUGGAGAGAUACAACAUCCAAGCAUGCCAACACCAACUUUACCAAAAAAGAAAAGAUGGCAGAGUGGGGAGAAUGCUGAUAUAGAGAAUAUGGAAACUGCUUCAAUUACCAAGUCAAGCGGUGGCAGAAAAUUUGGUUUUGAAACAGCAGACACAUCCAGCGUUAGUUCGUUCCUUACCAGUGCAUUGAGAAACAGUAGUCGACUGAAAAAGGCACCAACUCCUCCAAAACGGACAAGUUCUUUUAGAGACCAGCAGCAACAACAGCAGCAGGAGCGCGAUAGAGGUGACAGGGAUGGAGUAGCAAUUCCAGACACAGUGACUGAAGGAAACGAGGAGAACUUGUCCCCCAGACACACCAGGGCAUAUCUUGCACAGCAAAAGACAUCUGGAUCACAUGUUGAAAAGAUAUCGGAUACAAUAGAUAAAGAGUUUGAAUUUUUAGACGAUUCUGGUCUCUCUAUGGGAAGCAAAUGUGAUAAGGGUUCGCGUCACUCGAGCCCGUUGCUGGACUCGGAACAGGGUCAGGUGCAAUCUUCACUAAGUGACAGACUCAUGUCCAAGUCAUACACUGAAGAAAGCAGCAAGCCAGCGAGACCCUGGAUGCUGCCUAAGAAAGACAGGGCACCUGCUGAGUCUAAUGGCAAUAUACCAAAUCAGUCUGCACUAACAACCACUGCAACUAGUCAGAUUGUGUCCCCAACAGGACAGGCGCCCAAAGUUCCCUUGCCUCUUCCACAGAGGGCACUACAGAGAAAAUCACAACAGCUACAGUCACAACCUCUCCAGGCUCAACAAACGCAAUCUUCUCAAGAAAGGCGAUCUCGCACAGAAGAUGACUUGAAUUUGAAUUCUAAGGGACAGUUAGAAGAGCGCAAGAUGGUGGCAUUAGACAAAGGGAAUGUUGAAAGGGCAAUCAGUCGGUAUGGAACAAUUCCAAAAAGUACUCGUAUUGGAGAAUAUCUAAAGUCUUUAGAACCUAGCACAGGUACUUCAGUUGAUAAUCAAAAGGAAAAUGAUAAAAAUGACCUCAAAAGUCAAUCAGAGAACAAACAGCAGGAGUAUAAACAGCAGGGCAGUGUUUCAGACUAUAGACAGACAGAAAACAAGCAACGAGUAAAUGUACAAGAAUUACAAGACCGGUUGAGUGAAAGGAGGGGAUCUGAUUCAGACAAUAUCAAUUCUGGAAUGUCAAGGUCAUCCUCAAGUCAUGUGAUGUCAGGUGGCCAAGACAAGCCAGUUCUUGCUUGGCUCAAUAGACAGAAGUCUGAUCUAACUGGUUCUCGAAACCAGACAGAUAUGGCCAAUGAUGCUGCAAAUAUAGAGGGCACCACCAGUAGGCCUGUAGUUUUAAGUGGCAAGCCCUCUGCUCCACCCUGGAAAGGAAGGACGCAAUCAGAAACUGUACCAGAUGAUCACUAUUUCUCUCGUGCUAACACAGCUAAUCACAGUUUUGAUAGUGGAGGCCCUGUCCGCAUCCCUUGGAUGCAGAGACAGAAUUCAGAUGCUGAAGACAAGUAUGCUAAAUGGAAACCCAAACCUUCACCCCGCUUUUCUAAAGCAGCAGAUGGGGAUGAGGCUACACAGCAAGAGAAUGGCAGAGCACCAUUUCCUGGUCAGUCUCUUCCACCCUAUGCACUGGGGAAUUCUGAGAUUGAAUCAAAAUCACCGUCACCACCACAGAAGUCUUUGAGUCCUCCUGUGCCUCGUAAGCCUCAGUCGAUCCGUGACAGGCUGAGAAAAUUUACAUCUGGAAAGUCUGAGAGUGGGAGUGAGUCUGAAGAGAAGACUGAUCUCAGCACAGGAGGAAUGGGGGACAAUUUUUCGAGACUACGAGGCUCUCAGAGACUUAAAUCUCCACCACCAGGGGAUGAUGAGUUGGAACUGUCCCAAGAAAGGCCCAGAACCAGAGUGGGUUCCCCACCUAUAGCUCCCAAGCCUAGGGUCCCCCCAGGCGGAAAAUCUAUCUUCCCAGGAGGCAAACCAGUGCUGCCUACCAACAAACCUAAGCUGACCCAAUCUUUAGAAAAUAGUAAACAGAAUUCAGCUGAUCCUGAAACUACUACAAAAGAAAUAGUCAAUGACAUGGGGUCCAGCCUGGUCUCAAGCAUUGAGAAGUUGUCCACUCUAAGUAUGCGUGACCAAGACAGUUUUUCUCAACUGUCAGAGAGGGUGAAAUCCUUACAUUCCCACUGUAGUAAAUUGAUAGACACUUUGCCUCCCCAUGCUAAGUUUCAAGUACAGGAAAUGCUCACAAAAUUAGAGACUUUAGGGGAAAAAAUGUUAAUUGCAUCACCAGAGAGAAAAGUACGUGUCUGCAAGGAUGUACAAACCACAAUUAAGGACAUUUCAACCAUUAUAAAUAGGUGAAGUCUGUCCUUGGAUCAAUUUUACUUUCACUUUCAUUUUAGUAAUCUAAGAGAUUCCUCAGAUAUCAUUGCUUAGACCACACAUGUCAGUGACAUUGAAGAAGUGGCCCCUCUGUCUUUUGUUGUCAAAUAUAAUUGUAGAAAUGUCUAUUAACUUAUGCUUAUUUUAGAUGUAAAUAUGGUGUAGCUUUAUUGAAUUGGAAAGAAAAUAUUCAUGAGUGAAAGUGUAAUUGAAUGUGACAUUUGUUGAAGAAGAAUGAAAGUCAGUCCAUGUACGAGUAGGCAUGAAGAAGUUGGCACUGUCUCUAUGUUGUUCUUUACUAUGCUGUCAUAUACCUUUAACUUCAUACAGUCAGUCUUUGUCACCUAACACAAUCACUUCUAACAUGCCUUGUUCUGUACAUAUAUUUUCUCCUCACGCAAGGAUAAGACAACCUUUUGUUAGCUAUGCUCCACUUGGUUAUACCUCAUACUAUCACAAGAGGGAUAAGGACUUAAGAGCAAUUCUGGCACAGAAAUAAAGGUAGUCGUUCAUCCUUGUUAUAAUAUUUCAAAAUUUUCAAAGUUCUGGUCACAUGUUUAUUAUCAUGCAGAUGUUCCCAAAGGUUUUGUUGACUGAUAGGGUAAAUUGUUUUCAAGCAAAACAAUCUGAAAGUUAAGAGAAUGUGGUAACUGCUACAAAAAGGGUGAUUUGUAAAUUCUCCUUUUUGGCUGAAAUGGCUGGUGUUUUAAGAUAUCACACUAAAUUUGAUUAUCUUUUGAAUGUCCAAAGUUGUGCAGUUCCGCACAAGUUUGUUAAAAAAAGUUAUUCUAUUUCGUUGUCAUUUGCAUAUAAUCAUUCCUCAUUAUUUUAAUGCCAGUGCGCUUUACUUAAUAAAUGCAUGUGAUAUCAACAUAGAAUUUAGCACAAGAAAUCGCUGGCUUAUAUGUGCUUUAAUUUCAUGUUCUUUGUAAUUAGUGUGUGAAGCUGAUUCCGUGAUAGCUGAAGUGUUGCAAAGCACAACUAGUUAAUUAAUUUAUCAGUAUAUCUGAUUAUCAGAAUUCCAUAUCAAUCAGUAUUAGUAGCUGUGUGGGAUGCUGUCUAUGUGGUACUUUGCUGUAAUGUUUAAGAUACCCAUAUUUGAAUGAAUGUGCAGUGAAUGUAACUUUUUAUCAUUAUGAAUUUAUUAUGUGGUCUGCUGCUACUGUUGAUGUAUUAUAUUUCACAGUGGUUGUCCGUUUUACUACAGCUGCUUAUUACAUUAAAGAUUACAUUGUUGUUUACUUUGAUUGGAUUCUACAGGUCAUCAGUGCACAAUACAUUGUAUUUAACUAAAUUGUUACAGAAUUAGUGCUGUUUGUUAGUCAACAUGUAUUGUCAGGCUGGCUUCAAGUGAACCGAGCAUGAGAAGAAAUAGUUCUCAUGCUGAUUACAUUAAAUAGCUUACACAAAAAUUAAACAUACAUACAUAUAUAUAUAUAUAUACUCUUGCCAGUUUGCAAAGUUGCACAUCCUUAUUUAACAUCACUUUAGGACUUUGAACCAUGUGGUUUUGUUAAAGAAUCCUGUAAAGGCUUAUGUUUGACAGUUUGAUGAAACACUGUUUCCAAUAUUCCUUGGCCAUGCUAAUUUCUGUGUGAAAUUGCAUAACACAUGCGUCAAAGCAUGAAGUAGCUGUGAGAUUAUUUUGACAUGCCAGUUCUCCUUUACAAAGUGUCUCAGAAAGGGAAUGAUUCUGUGCAAAAAAUAACCAUAUCAAAGAUGAAAUAGUUUCAUGCUACCUGUAAGCACCCUUCAUUUGAUAUCAGUAAUUCAACCAAUGCUACCAAAUUAUAUAUCAUAAUCUCGGCUUUGCAAAAUUACCACAUCAGAAAUAGACUGGUGUAAUGUCACCCCUUGUAACCAAGAUAUCUAAUUGCUCAAUAGAGGCAAUGUACCCACGUACUGAAGAUUUGAUGUGGUUCUACAUGCCAUUCUGUCAGAGGUCCUCCAAGGCCAGUUUUAGAAAAUGAAUUUUAGACUGGAAGUUGAUACAGACUAAAGUUGUAGUCUAAUUCAAUUUAGAAAAAUACAGUUGUCCACUGUAAACUACUGACCUUAAACAGUUUUUCUGUGUCGUAAAUGUGGUUCAAUGUAUCAUUUCAAUGCACUGCAGUAGAUUUACCUUGGGUCAAAAUAGAGUUAAUUGUUGAUCUAAAGUUCUCUGGGGAAACUGCACCUUGGUGUUCUAUGGUCAAAGAGUUUGAACACUAUUUUUUAAGUAUAUGAAUGUAGAAAUGUUAUUGGUCGUCUUUAAAAAAGUGAAUAUUGUAGACAUUUAAAGGCAAUUAAGUUCUGUUAUUAUUUAUUUGGAAUCCUAAAUUAGUUCUAAGAUCUGAUUGUCUUGCCUAAGAAUAUGAAUUGUGUAGCAUGCUUUUCAACACAUAUAGGGGAUUAAUUGACACACUGCAUGUUUUCAGAAUACUCAAUAUGUUCAAGCUACUUUGAUGAGCUGCAGAUUUUGAUAUAUAACUUUGUAAUUUACUUGUGCAAAACUUUCUGGAGUUAUUUUUAUAUAUGUCAUAACAUUAAUUGACAGAGUCUUUCUUUCUUUCUUAAUUUUCAUUUUUAUUCAUUUAUUUAUUUUAUUUUUGUCAAAUCAAAUUUCAUCGUAAUGGGUAUAAGUACUCACACAUGCAUGGAAUAUGAGUCAUUUUGAGGUCAGCCGCAACAAGCAACUGUUAGUAUUCCUACUCGUACAUUUUUACAAGUGCUUUUUUCACGAUGGGCUUCAACACGUCUCUGUGCAACCAAUGUGCAAUUGUUAAUUAGACAAAGUACUGAACUGUAAAUAUGGAAUAAAAGACGUUCAGAUUUUGAAAUACA